CAAACCACAAAGGAAAAAAGAGGAAGAAAAAAAAAAAAAACCAAACCAAGAUUAAUUAAAACAGAAAAAUAAAAACAUAAGAAAAGCAAAAAAAAUAAUAAAAAAAAUAAAAUAGAAGUUGUAGUACUUCUUAUUUUUAUUUUAUUUUAUUUUAAAAAGAAAAUUAAGCAGAUUGUUAAUUUUAAGGAUAAAUGAAGUUGUGUCUUGUUUUAUGCAGACAACUAGGAUUCUGAAAUUCUGUUGGUUCCAACCGUCACUCUUUCAUUCUUUGGAACCAAAAGGAUUUCUUUGUAAUUUUCUUUCAAUUUUCCCUAUCCUUCUCAGAUUGGUUUAAUAGUUAAUCAUCAUGAUGAUGAUGGUCAUUUUCAUCUUUUAAUUUUCCCCUCAGGGUCUUUCUUGAAAUUGCUGAUAUAGAUUUGAGGAAAGGGUGGACUUUUUUAUAUAUGUUGAGUAAUUGACAUGAAAUGGGGCCCAUAUAGUCUUAAUGGAUAUGUAAGAUUCAUAUUACCAAUCCCAAUUGUUGUUAGUGUCAUUGUUGUUGAGUGAUUGACAAGUGCUCAUUGGUUUGGUUCACUGGAAAUGUAAUGUGAUUUGGGGAUUUAGAUUUUUUUGUGGGCAAUGGCUGUUGGAGGGAUUUCAUCUGGUUUUAAACAGAGAAAUCCGCGGGGAUUUAUGACAGUCUUGUCUUCUGCGGCUUGCGAAUGGUUCUUGAUGCUUAUGUUGUUUCUUGAUGCUGCAUUGUCAUAUUUGAUCACGAGAUUUGCAAGUUACUAUGAGUUGCAGACACCAUGUAUGUUGUGCUCAAGGUUUGAUCACAUACUUGGGGGCAACAAGAAAAGUGGAUGUUACAGGAGACAUCUUUGCAGGAACCAUAAAGAGGAUAUAUCAUUUCAAGUGUUUUGUCAUAUUCAUGGUAAUCUUGCGGAUGUUCGUGCUAUGUGUGAAGAAUGCCUCGUAUCAUUUGCUACUGAGAACAUACUUGUUAAAGAGUCGGAUAACUUAAUGAUGGCUAAACUUGGGAAUAAGAGCUUUAUACCUAGUUCUCCCGGUCCAUGGAGAUGUUCUUGUUGUGACAAGACGUGGAGAGCUCGAUCAAGUGCACAAAGAUUGCUCCAGCUAACUUCAGUUGGUUUUGGAGCUUCUAAGGCCAAUGUCAAGCCUCCUUUGCCACGGGCCCCAGGUCGUAGCCGUUUCAGUCGCCGUGAUAGCUUUAAGAAGAUCAGGGAUAAAAUUUCUGGUCCAGAGUCACCUAGGACAAGGGCUGCUGCUCUUGACCCUUUAUCACAUGUAGGAUAUACUGAGUUGAAGAUUACUUCGGAUUCUGAGUCAGAAAUCCAGAUUUCUGAUGAUGAUAAUGAUGGAUGUUCUGGUACUCGUGGUGGUAAAAAUGAUUCUAGAUCCGAAGAUAACGUUCGACUUGGAAAAGGAACAACACAGAAAAUAGGAAAUGAUCCUGCCGCUCCAGAGAAUCAGGCUCGCCAAUCUUCUCUUCUGGAACAGCCAAUGCAGCUGGCUGCUAGCUCAGGCAAAACUGUGAGCUUUCAGGCAUCUAAUGAUGAUUUUGUAGGGCAUGGAUUAGCAGAACUUGAUUGGGAAAGUCUUUCUCCUAAGACAGGUGCUUCUGUAUUGCCAGAGUUCAUUUCAGUACAAAAUAUUACCGUGUCAACCAAUUCUUUAGAAGAUCAUCACGUAUCAGGAGAGACUUCAAACUCCAACAUUUUUCUCCCUCAUAUCUCAGAGCUCUCUGUACUGUCGGAGCUCAUAUCAGCGAGUAAUAUACCUUCUUCAACCAGUAUUAACAUCCAUGGGUCAAAUUUGACUGAAGCAAAUGAUGAAGGAAACAACGUAACUGAGAAGAAUAAUGCCAAAGCUCCAGUUCAGAUAGAUGACAGUGCUCCAUCUGUAUCAAACCAAAAAAUUCGAGCUGACAUAUCUGUUCUGAGUGAUAGAGUGAGAAAACUAUCAGAUAGACUUGGAGAACCAAGUGCAACUAGUGAUUCUGCAAACGCUGGUGAAGGUAUUAAGUCGCUUCCCCAACUUCCACAAACUGCAAGUCUUAGGAAUCAUGAUCAUGGUGAUGACCGCCAAAGAAGUGAUGCUUCUAGCUCUGACGGGGUACCUAUGCUUCAAACUACCUUCAUGGAGAGAGAUGAUUCUAGUAAUGAACCAGCAGAUGGAUUCAGAGUCAGUGAAAUUGAGGGCGAAAGUAUUGUUGAUAGUUUGAAACGACAAGUUGAACAUGAUCAGAGAUACAUAAAUGCUCUAUACAAGGAACUGGAGGAAGAAAGGAGUGCAUCCGCCAUUGCCGCUAAUCAGGCAAUGGCCAUGAUCACUAGGUUGCAAGAGGAGAAGGCAUCACUUCAUAUGGAGGCCUUGCAGUAUUUAAGAAUGAUGGAAGAGCAAGCCGAGUAUGAUAUGGAGGCAUUAGAAAGGGCUAAUGAUCUCCUUGCAGAAAGGGAGAAAGAGUUGCAAGAUCUGGAAGAAGAGUUACAAUUAUAUAGGAAUAAUUUUCCAGAUGAAUUAGCAGCAGAGGAUCCACAGAAGGAAAACAAAAACCUGAAAGGGGAAAAAGUAAUAACUGAGAAUCAUUGUUUAGAACAUGUUGAAAACAAGCUCAGUGGCAGUUCAGAUUCGAAAACUGUUAAAGUAUCCAAAAUCGGUGAUAAACCUAGACAGUUUAAUGAUUCAAUAUGUAAUUUCGAGGAUGAAAAGCUACGUAUUUCACAACAUCUGGAGAACUUGGAGAAAAAGCUUUUUCAAAUUUCUAGUAGACAGGCCUCAGAUAAUGUUCCUUGUAACGGAUAUUCAGAAAAGAUAAAGAAAGAUGUUGAUGAUCAAGUUAAGAAACGAAGUGAUGAUGGAAAAAGUACUAAUUCCCAACAGAAGGAAAUUUCUUCAUCCACGCGCAACGAUUUUUCGGAAUCAAAUGGAGGCUCCAUCGACAAGCCUGUGGAUUUAGACUUGGAAAAUGCGAUUGUUAGUGAAAAGAGAAACCAUUUAGACAAUAAGCAUAGAAAGGUUUCCUCUCUUGGAGGUGAGCUUGAUGGGGCUGCUAUAGGAAAUGAAAUUUCAGAGCUUAGUGCGAGGUUAAAAGAACUUGAGAAUGACUGUAAAUUCCUCAUGUAUGCUUUUAACUCGCUCCAGAAUGGACAAGAAGGAAUACAGCUUAUUCAGGAAAUAGCUCAUCAGCUGCAAGAAAUACGGAAAAUUGAGUUUAACAAGAGAUGACUUAUCUCUAAAUUUGAAGUUUCAAGUUUUACAAUGAGAAGAUUCUCCUGCUGAGAUUUUAAAGAGAUGCAUACCGGAAGAGAAGCUGCAGAGAGAAGCCCAGCUGCAUCAUUAUUUACAGCUCAUAGUUGGAAAGGAGAAGCGCAAACUGCAGAUAACCAAAACAAAAAUGACGCCAAAUAUACAGCCUGCCACUUCUCCUCUGAUCUUCGUGAAGAAAUAGUUUGAUGAUCGAGAAUUGGUCUAAAGUUCUGCUUGUCGGGUCUUGUUCUCCUCUUAAAUUGGUUUUGGUGAUAAGUUACUACUCAUCAUUUCGUUUUUGUUUCCUUUCCCUGUUUUUGGUCCUUUUCACAAUUUUGUUAGUUGUUAAUGUGACCUUGUGGUGGGAUUAUGGUGUAAUUUGUGUAUAUCUUUUUCAAGUUUGGGCUUUGUUUCCAGGUUUUUCACAACUGUAAAUGCAGAUAGACUCUUCAAUGACUUCCGAAUUUGCUUCCA